GACUUGAGAAAGAGCUGACAGGGGUCACUGGAAGAUCUGAAGAAAUCCACUUUCCCAAACAAUCGCCAUCCAUCACUGGAGCUGAAGAAUAAAUUGAAGAUAUUGUGGUUCUCUUCGGUGGCCUGACACCCAUGAGAGAGAAGAUCUAUCAGCUCUAAUCUUCAAAGGAUUUAAUAACUAAACCAUUUAACCCCCGCUAAAAUGAAGGCAUUCAGCAUUGCAGUUGCAGUGACACUCGUGCUUGCCUUUAUUUGCAUUCUGGAGAGCUCUGCACUCCCAUUCACUGGGGUGCAAGAGCCGGAGGAGGCAGGGAGCAAUGACACUCCAGUUGUGGCACAUCAAGAGAUAUCAAUGGAAUCGUGGAUGAUGCCAAAUCACAUCAGACAGAAGCGUCAGAGCCACCUCUCCUUGUGCCACUGGUGCUGCAACUGCUGCAAGGGCAACAGGGGCUGCGGUUUCUGCUGCAGGUUCUGAGGAUUCGCACAACAACCACUAAAUAUUAAUUUAUUGCUUUGCUUUUUGUCUCACACCAAGAAUGACCUCUUCUUGACCUCUCUCUCCAAUGCAUUGCCUGAGCUACAUUCUUUAACUUUUUUUUGUAACAUAUUUUAAAGGAGGUGUGAUUCACUGAGCAGCACUGGAAAAUAAUGAAAAAAUGGCUACUCUUUAUUCUUUGUAUUUAUUAUUUUUCAUACUUUCACCCUGUAAGUCUUUUUGUAAGCUCAAUGAAUGUAAAUUUGUUUCUAGAAAUAAUUCAGACAUGAUGGUUUCUUCAUCUAAAUUAAGUCUAUGGAAUUAAUAUUUGUUCUAGAAUAAAUAAUGAACAUUUAAAGCAAAUGCAAAAAUGUUUUGUGUUCUUUACUAAAGGAAAUAUUGAACAGCAAUGAGUCUUAAAUGAUCCCUAUUUGGAUAUAGAUGUAGGUCUACGUCAAAUAACACAAGUGUCUUGAUCAUAAAUAUUGUACCUUUGCAAUAUGUGUCACAUAAAUUAUAGUAAGAUAUCAAGCAAUAAAAGGAAAUUUAUGGCACUUUGAGUUGUAAAUAUUCUUUUACAAUUCUGAAAAUAUUGUUGGAUUUGGUCUCAGUCGGUGAUGCAACUGCACUGUUUUUUUAGACCCUACAUUUUAUUAUCACAUUAAAAUUUAUUGGCACUUAAAAUUGUUAACACAAUGCAUAACACAAAAUGAA